GGCGCGGGCCGGAGCGGUCGGUUGGGCUGGCGGCUGAAGCUCGUGGCCAUGGAGUGGGGCUCGGAGUCGGCGGCCGUGAGGCGGCACCGCGUCGGAGGGGAGCGCCGGGAGGGCCCGGCGGCCGUGCCCCAGCCGGGGAGAGAGGCCCCGGUGCCGAAGCCACCGGCGGACGCGUGCAGCGGCGGCGCGAGGACGCGGAAGCGGAGCGCGGGGGGCGGCGGCGGCGGCGCGAGCCGGGGCGCGGGGACCGGGCUGUCGGAGGCGCGCGCCGCACUGGGGCUGGCGCUCUACCUGCUCGUGCUGCGGGCGCUCGUGCAGCUCUCACUGCAGCAGCUCGUGCUGCGCGGGGCCGCCGGCCGCCACGGGGAGUUCGACGCCCGCCAAGCCAGGGAUUAUCUUGAACACAUAACAUCCAUCGGCCCCAGGACCACAGGAAGUCCCGAAAAUGAAAUCGUGACGGUCCAUUACCUUUUGGAACAGAUUAAACUGAUUGAAGCUCAGAGCAACAGCCUUCACAGGAUUUCAGUGGAUGUACAGCGGCCCACAGGCUCCUUUAGCAUUGACUUCUUGGGAGGUUUUACAAGCUACUACGACAACAUCACCAACGUCGUGGUGAAGCUGGAGCCCAGGGAUGGAGCCCAGCACGCGGUCCUGGCGAACUGUCAUUUUGACUCCGUGGCAAACUCGCCAGGUGCCAGCGAUGAUGCCGUUAGCUGUGCAGUGAUGCUGGAGGUCCUUCGUGUCUUUUCUGCGUCUUCAGAAGCCUUACAUCAUGCUGUCAUAUUUCUCUUUAAUGGUGCUGAGGAAAAUGUCCUACAGGCCAGUCAUGGUUUCAUAACUCAGCACCCCUGGGCCAGCCUGAUUCGCGCAUUUAUUAACCUGGAGGCGGCGGGCGUGGGAGGGAAGGAGCUGGUGUUCCAAACAGGUCCUGAGAACCCAUGGCUGGUCCAGGCCUAUGUUUCCGCCGCUAAACACCCGUUUGCUUCCGUGGUGGCUCAGGAGGUCUUCCAGAGUGGAAUCAUUCCUUCAGAUACCGACUUCCGCAUCUACAGGGAUUUUGGGAACAUUCCAGGAAUUGACUUAGCUUUUAUCGAGAACGGAUACAUUUAUCACACCAAGUAUGACACCGCAGACAGAAUUCUAACAGAUUCCAUUCAGAGAGCAGGUGACAACAUUUUAGCAGUUCUUAAAUACUUAGCUACAUCGGAUAUGUUGCCUUCUUCCUCUAAGUAUCGACAUGGAAACAUGGUCUUCUUUGACGUGCUCGGCCUGUUUGUCAUUGCCUACCCCUCCCGCGUCGGCACCAUCAUUAACUGCAUGGUGGUGAUGGCUGUCGUGUUGUACCUGGGCAAAAAGUUGUUGCAGCCCAAGCACAAGACUGACGCCUACAGGAGGGACUUCUUCUGCGCGCUCGGCAUCACGCUGAUAAGCUGGUUCACGAGCCUGGUCACUGCGCUCAUCCUGGCGGUGUUCGUCUCUCUGACUGGACAGUCCCUGUCGUGGUACAGCCACUUCUAUGUCUCCGUCUGUCUGUACGGAACCGCAGCCGUGGCCAAAAUCAUACUCAUACACACCCUCGCAAAAAAAUUCUAUUAUGUGAAUGCCAGUGACCGGUAUCUGGGAGAAGUGUUCUUUGACACCUCGCUGUGUGUGCACUGCAUUUCUCUCACGGCACUCACAUACCGAGGACUGUGCUCGGCGUUCAUUAGCGCGGUCUGGGUGGCCUUUCCCUUGCUCACAAAGCUUUGCGUGCACAAAGACUUGAAGCGGCAUGGUGCCCGAGGGAAGUUUAUUGCCUUUUACCUUUUGGGGAUGUUUAUUCCUUAUCUUUAUGCACUGUACCUCAUCUGGGCAGUAUUCGAGAUGUUUACCCCCAUCCUUGGAAGGAGUGGUUCGGAAAUCCCACCUGACGUCGUGCUGGCUUCCAUUUUGGCUGGUUGUACGAUGAUCCUCUCUUCCUAUUUUAUCAGCUUCAUCUACUUGGCCAAGAGCACCAGGAAGACGCUGCUGGCGCUGACGUCCGUGUGCGCCGUCACGCUGCUCCUCGUCUGCAGCGGCGCCUUCUUCCCCUAUAGCUCGCAGCCUGCCAGCCCCAAGCCGAAGCGGGUGUUUCUCCAGCACGUGACUAGAACGUUUCACGGCCUAGACGGAAACGUCACUAAGCGGGACUCCGGAAUAUGGAUCAACGGGUUCGACUACACGGGCAUGUCCCACAUCACGCCUCACAUUCCUGAGAUCAACGACACCAUCCGAGCUCACUGUGAGGAGGACGCGCCCCUGUGUGGCUUCCCGUGGUACCUCCCGGUGCACUUCCUCAUCAGGAAAAAUUGGUAUCUUCCUGCCCCAGAAGUUUCUCCAGGAGAUCCGGCUCAUUUCAGGCUUGUGUCCAAAGAACAGACACCCUGGGAUUCUGUGAAGCUGACGUUUGAAGCCACAGGACCGAGCCACAUGUCCUUCUACGUUCGAACCCACAAAGGGUCGACGCUUUCUCAGUGGUCUCUUGGCAACGGCACCCCAGUCACAAGUAAAGGAGGGGACUACUUCGUAUUUUACUCCCACGGGCUCCAGGCCUCCGCGUGGCGCUUCUGGAUAGAAGUACAGGUCUUGGAAGAACGGCCUGAAGGAAUGGUCACUGUGGCCAUUGCUGCCCACUACCUUUCUGGGGAAGAUAAGAAGUCCUCCGAGCUGGAUGCUCUGAGAGAGAAGUUCCCAGACUGGACCUUCCCCUCUGCCUGGGUGUGCACCUACAGCCUCUUCGUGUUCUAGUCUGCUGGAGCAGCGCGCCGUGCGUGCCCGCGGGAUGCCCCUGGACGCGGUUUUCCUCCGCAUCACGUGGGUGUUUGCAAGGCCAUGAUCUGGAAUGAGCGCCCGUUCGGAGAGCUUCGUGGGCUGACACACUUCAGGGCCAAGCACCAUGACAGUGAUGCUGUGGGGUAGGGACGCCUGGCCUUUCUGACUCCAGAAAACGCCGGCUUCCCGGCCCCCACGUGCAGUGGGCACCACCACACCCGUCAGUCAUCCUCUAGGACCGUAAGGAUAAAAGCCAACAAACCACUUGAGUAGUUAUUACCCUUUAGGAUCAUGAACGAUACAGAAGGUACCAUGAGCUGUUCAUUAGACAAAGGACAUUUCUGACUGAAGUCCAAGAUGUUUUGUCAGAGGACAGUAGCUAAAAUCCGUUCACGUCAGGAUCAGAAGGCAGGUACAGCAAGGGCUGGGGG